AUGGUCCGACACAAGAAAGACAACUACCCACGAGGCGGCAAAAAAGGUCCCCCGCGUUACCGGCCAGCGCCCCGCGCCAACGAAGAUAAUGAUCAAGAAAACGACACAUCGCGACCGUCUUUCAAGGCGGCCUGUUGGGAUCUUGGACACUGUGAUCCGAAGAGAUGCUCGGGAAAGCGGCUUAUGCACUUUGGCCUGAUGAGAGAGUUGUCUAUUGGCCAUAAGCAUUCUGGAGUUGUGAUUUCGCCAAACGCAAAACAUAUCCUCUCUCCAGCAGACCGCGACCUCCUCGAGCAAUACGGCGCCGCAGUCGUCGAAUGCUCGUGGGUGCGCGUCAAAGAAGUACCCUGGUCGCGAAUUGGCGGAAAAUGCGAAAGACUCUGUGCGCUCAUCCUCACCACACACACACAUAACCAGAAGCCUUUGACUAACCUUGGACCUUUUAAACUGCUAGUACCCUACCUCAUCGCCGCCAACUCAGUCAACUACGGCCGUCCGUGGCGCCUAAACUGCGUCGAAGCCCUGGCAGCCUGCUUCUACAUCUGCGGACACGCCGACUGGGCCGAGGAAGUGCUACAACAUUUUUCAUACGGCGAGUCAUUCAUCAACAUCAACUCCCAACUCCUCAAACGGUACGCGGCGUGCUCGAGCGAGGAAGAAAUCAAGAAAACAGAGGAAGAAUGGCUCACCAAGAUCGAGCGCGAAUACAAUGAAAGUCGCGCUGAGCGAGACGCUGGUGGCGCAGACGAUAUGUGGAAACGCGGGAAUACGAACCAUAGAGGAAAUUCAAACUCGGAUGACGAAGAAGAAGAUGAUGAUAAUGAAGAGGAUAAAAGUGGCGAUGAAGAAGAAGAAGAUGACGACGACGACGAUCGAGACCCCUAUGCCAUCUCCGACGACUCCGACGACGACGAAGAAGCAAUGGCCGAAAUCCGUCGCAAAGUCCUCAACUCCAAAAGCUUCCAGAACCCUGCGCAGCAGCAGGAGCAAGAAAAAUCGCAACCAGAGACGAUAUCUCGGCCGGAGCCGUUGCCUGUUGAUUCCGAUGCCGAGUCUGGGUCUGCUGGCAGCGAGGAUGAUGAAGACUUUGAUAAUAUUAUUAAUGCUACACCGGUGACGGAUCGUACGGGGAUCACGGCGAAGCAGCAGCGCAAGGGCAAGGGUGAUAAUAACGAUACCAUCACGGCUUCUUUUUCGAGGACGGUGGUUUCGGCUCCGAAGAAAUGGUAA